GGUCCAGCGGCAUAGUCGACAGGUCAUGGCAUCCACGUCUUCUUUUCUAUCUAUGGCAUCUUGCGGAACCAAUGGUCUUCCUUUGAAGGCAAAUCGGGUCGGAUUUCGUCCGCUUCGUGUCUCCGCCGUUUGCACAUCGACGGCCGAGAGGGCAAGGCCCGGCGUGGCAUCACUAUACGAAGUUCUUGGGAUUCCGAUGGGCGCCACGUGUAAGGAAAUCAAGGCUGCUUAUCGGAAACUAGCGAGGGUUGUACAUCCGGAUGUAGCAAUUAACAGUGAGAACCAGAACAGAGGGUCGGAGUUCAUGAAGAUCCAUGAAGCGUAUUCGACUCUUUCUGAUCCGGUGAAACGCGCAGACUAUGAUCGCAUGCUUUACGGCAGCCGAUGGCCGUUGAUUAGUUCUUCAUUUUCCAUUUCAGCAUCUGAUGUUACAGUGAGUUCAACAGGUUCCAGAUUUUCUGGGUAUACAGGGCGGACAUGGGAAACUGAUCAGUGUUGGUAGCUUCUUAGAAUUUGUUGAAUAGUAUGUAUGAUGUAAAUGUAAUUGCUCCCAAUUGUAUUUUACUGGGAAUACCUACUGACGUGUGUAAAUAAUUUGCAUCACAUAAUAGCUCACAAACUAGCGCAUA